GUCGGGAAGAUUCACUGACCUAGGACACGUCUCAGGGCGCCCCAAUGUGGGGCUUCCAAAGGAGGCCGAGCUCCUCGCCGCUGAUCGCAAGAUCUGGGGCACCAUCGGAUGCUUAGUAUUCUCUGGAUGGACGACCCCGUUCACUCCGCCUAAGACCCCCAAAGGGAAAGGUAAAGGCGGCAAGCAGGGGAAGGGCCUAGCCAACAAAGCCAAAGCCGAAGAUUGGCCCUCCAAUUGGGUGUACAAGGCCCAUGGCAAGGUCCUCUGCAAGCGAUACCAGCGCAACCUAUGCACAGUAGCCAAUUGCAAAUUCGCCCACCUUUGCGCCGUCCGGGGAUGCGGCAAAGAUCACUGUGCCAUCCACCAUGACGGCAAGACAUCGAGGUCGGUCAACCUCGAGGGAACACUAAUGCUUCCCACUCAGCCCCGCAGCCUCGUCCUCCGCUGGUCGCUGGCCAGGAGGCUUCAAGAAAAAUUUGAACCCCCUCAGGUUCUGCUGCUGGAUUCCUCAGGGGAUCUAGGCGACAGGUGUAAACGCCUAGCCAACAGAGAGGCCAUUCCCUUCCUAGAGCCGAGCUCACAGCCAUCAGAACAAGAGUCGGGACUCAUUCUGCAGUGCCUCUGGGGCCGAUCCAUCAUUGCAGUUAUAGCCUCCCUUCCGACCAUAGUUCCGGACACGGAGACAGCAAUUGCCCUACUGCAAGCCGCCAAGGCCUCAGCAGCCAUGACGAUUCUAACCAUUCCUAAGGAUCACGUCUUCCUACAGUCCCAGGAGCUAGCGGCGUGCCUACACGACUCGGCUUUUCAUAUGUGUCCUAGCCCAAGCCCUGGUGACGUCCUGUUGGCGUCUACCAGAAUGCCGUCAUGGCCAUGCCCAGAUUUGCACCUAUUAGCGCUCGAAGCCCUGGGAAGGGUAUGCAACCUGCCACUUCGACUGGGAAGCGUAUCUGAACUGUCCUACUCCUCAUUGCUGAGAGCCUCGGGCCCCUUCGUUGCCCACCGCCCGCCUAUAUGCGACGGCGCAGGAGCACCGAGCUCAGCAGACCAUAGCUUGUCGCGCCAGUCAAACAUCAGCAAAGCCUCUCAAGCCUGGUUGCAAUGGGCACAUAAAUCAGACCUACCCAAGCGUGUCUUUGCACAUAUCAGCCAGAGCCGCCCAGAUCACCCCCUCUCAGCCGAGGAGCAGUCUCAAGCCCUUGAGAUUCUUUGCUCUGCCUUAAACCUAGACCUCGCCUCCAUGGCGGUAACCAGUCCAGGCCAACCCUUUAGACUCGCGCUCAUGCAAGCCCUGGCCCAACGCAUUGAAGACCCCGAUGCCGACCUACCCUCCAUGCUGGCGGAAGGCGUACGUACAGGCGUCUUCUCGGAGAUUGCACCCUCUGGUUUGUGGCCUCCAGCCAAGCUGCAGCCCCUAGCCCAGUCAGGCCUAGAAGUCUGCCAAGGAAAUUGGCGCCCAGCGGAAGAAGACCCGGACACGGUCGCUGCCCUACUAGCCGAUGAAGAAGCAGCGGGAUGGAUACAACAAGUGCCAGGGGGCCUGAAGGCAGCCAAGAAGAGAUGGCCUAAAGGCAUUGCAGUCGGCAAGCUCAGCCUAGUCAAAGCCGAGGGCCGAGAUCCUCGCCUCGUAUUGGACAGCACCGUCUGCCAG